CUCCGCUUGUGGAAGUGGAAGAAGUUGAGUCUCCUCAGUCUCCCGCCGGCACCGCCUCCUCUCCUCUCUUCUCCGCUCGGCUGCUGAGGACAGACUCUCAUCGGAAACUUCUGCACGGGGACACGGGAAGGGAAACGGAGAGGAGUGUGAAGCCACCACUGCUGCUGAGCCCCUUGAGAAACCCGUCUAGGUGUUUUCCACUUCUGUGAGGACUUCUUCAGGGUCCAUCACCUCUUGCUGAUGAAACGCUGAAGACGCUGCUGGCUCUCAGAUCUUUUGCAGCCAUGGCCCAGCAGAGCGCUGAGCUGUCCCUCUGCUAGGCAACGGGGCAUCCGAGAGGGCAGGAGACAUGUUGGAACAGAGGCACGGGGACCACUGCACUGAAUUUUGUUACUAUAGCAACUACUGUAGUAACCAUGGAGAUGCUAUGGAGGACUGGUCUGGUCUGCACUUUCAUUGUCGUCAUGGUUGCCACCCAGGUCGCAGGAGGUCACAAAGAUGAGUUUGCUGAGUCACAAGCUGCUUUCCUAUCCAGUCUAGGCCAGUAUGAGAUCGCCAUCCCAGUACGUGUAGGACCCAGUGGCAAGAUGCUGGACUCAAAAAUGACUGAACACCACCAAAGAAGAAGGCGCAGCACUGAAGACAGGCUUCCUGACUCUCUCUUUUACCAGCUGUCGACAUCCCGGAACAACUUCCUGCUCAACCUGACGCUACAGGGAAGCCUGCUGUCACGGCAGUUCCGGGUGGAGUACUGGAAGAGGGGUCGUUUAGCCUGGAGUCACCCUUACUCUCCUCAUUGCCACUAUGUGGGACACCUCCAAGACCAACCGCAUUCCAGCAAAGUGGCCCUGAGCAACUGUAACGGCCUGCAGGGGGUGAUUGUUGCUGGGGGAGAGGAGUACCUGAUUGAACCCCUUGUCUCACCAGAUAACCAAACCGGGACAGAGAGCGAGGAGAGAGCAGAGGGGCGCCCCCAUGUGGUUUAUAAGCGGUCAUCGCUCCGCCAUCAGUACAAGGGCCAAUCCUGCGGCGUCAUUGACGAGAAGCCGAUGAAGGGCGCGUCGUGGUGGCAGCGGACCCUGAAGACGCCUCCUCAUCACGUUGGCCGUGGCCAGCUGCCUCUGAAGCGCUCGGUCAGCCGGGAGCGCUACGUGGAGACGCUGGUAGUAGCCGAUAAGAUGAUGGUGGGUUAUCACGGCCGCAGGGACAUCGAGCAAUACAUCCUGGCUGUCAUGAAUAUUGUUGCCAAACUGUUCCAGGAUUCUAGCCUGGGGAAUGCAGUCAACAUUGUGGUGACGCGGCUCAUCCUGCUCAUGGAAGACCAGCCCACACUGGAGAUCAACCAUCAUGCGGGGAAGUCUUUAGACAGCUUCUGCAAGUGGCAGAAAACCAUCCAGCACCGCAGCAGCUACGGGAACGCCAUACCUGACAACGGCAUUGCUCAUCACGACACCGCCGUGCUCAUCACCAGGUAUGACAUCUGCAUCCAAAAAAACAAGCCCUGUGAAACUCUAGGCUUGGCUCCAGUAGGAGGGAUGUGUGAGCCAGAGAGGAGCUGCAGCAUCAAUGAGGACAUCGGCCUGGGAACGGCCUUCACUAUCGCCCAUGAGAUUGGACACACGUUUGGGAUGAACCACGACGGCAUGGGGAACGCCUGCGGGCCCCGCAGCCAGGAGACUGCCAAGCUGAUGGCUGACCACAUCACCAUGAAGACAAAUCCGUUCAUCUGGUCCGCCUGCAGCCGGGAUUACAUCACCAGCUUCCUGGACUCAGGUAUGGGCUCCUGCCUGAACAACGUCCCGCCAAAGCAGGAGUUUGUGUACCCCACCACAGCGCCAGGUCAGGCCUACGAUGCAGACGAACAGUGCCGCUUUCAGUACGGCGUCAGGUCUCGACAGUGCAAAUACGCGGAAGUCUGCAGUGAACUUUGGUGCAUGAGUAAGAGCAACCGUUGUAUCACAACCAGCAUUCCCGCUGCAGAGGGAACCAUCUGUCAGACCAACACCAUAGAGAAAGGGUGGUGCUACAAGAGGGUGUGCGUGGCGUACGGGACUCGCCCACAGGGUGUGGAUGGAGGCUGGGGUCUGUGGUCUCCCUGGGAGGAGUGCAGCAGGACAUGUGGAGGUGGCGUUUCCUCUUCUGUCAGACACUGCGACAGCCCCAGGCCAACUAUUGGUGGGAAAUAUUGCCUAGGAGAGAGAAAACGCUUCAGGUCCUGCAAUAUAGAUGACUGCCCUGCAGGCUCUCGGGAUUUCCGAGAGAUUCAGUGUUCCAACUUCGAUAGCAUCCCCUUUCGGGGAAAGUUUUACACCUGGAAGCCUUACAGAGGAGGUGGGGUGAAGCCCUGCUCUCUCAACUGCCUUGCAGAAGGAUACAACUUCUACACCGAGCGCUCUCCCGCUGUGGUGGAUGGGACACCGUGCCGGGACGACUCUCUGGACGUGUGUGUAAAUGGAGAGUGUAAGCACGUCGGUUGCGAUCGUGUCCUCGGCUCAGACGUACGUGAGGACCGCUGCCGGAUCUGCGGUGGCGACGGGAGCAGCUGCACGUCUGUGGAGGGAGUCUUCAACGACUCGCUGCCAGAAGGAGGUUAUGAAGAGGUGGUCAGAAUUCCCAAAGGGUCCGUGUUCAUCCACAUACAGGAGCUCAACAUCUCCCUCAACUACCUUGCGCUGAAGAGUAAAGGCGAUCAGUACUUCAUCAAUGGGAAGCUGAGCAUUGACACGCCACGCAGGUUCAAUAUCGCCGGCACCACGUUCCACUACAGACGGCCCGCCGAUGGACCGGAAAGUCUCGAAGCUCUGGGGCCGACAAAUAUCACCCUCUUCGUCAUGGUGCUGGUGAGGGAAGAAAACCCAGGGAUACACUAUCGUUUCAACCCGCCCCUCAGCAGGGAUCCUCUGAAUGGCUUCACCUGGCACUACACCUCGUGGUCUCGCUGCUCAGCUCUCUGCGCUGGAGGUGUGCAGAUCCAGCAGGUAGUGUGUAAGAAGCAGGCGGAUCAGUCAGCCGUCUACAACCACUUCUGUGACAAGAAGAGCAAACCCAAAGAGAAGAGAAGAUCCUGCAACACUGAGCCGUGCUCCCCAACCUGGUGGACAGGAGAGUGGUCAGAGUGCAGCCGCAGCUGUAACGGCGGCCUGCAGACUCGAGAGGUGUUAUGCAAAAGGAGGAUCUCCACAACGGAGGAGAAGAUCCUGGACGACUCAGCCUGCACCCCCCCUCGCCCUUCAUUCACCGAGCCCUGCAACAACCACAGCUGCCCCCCUGAAUGGCUGGCCCUGGACUGGUCAGAGUGCACCCCCAGCUGUGGUCCUGGCUACAGGCACCGCGUGGUUUUGUGUAAGAGUGGGGAGAGUGGCGACACGCUGCCAGAGUCCAAGUGUCCAAAACAUGGCCGGCCCACCUCCAGGGUCCGCUGUAAUCUGCAGCGCUGCCCUCCCUCUCAGUGGGUGAUGGGUCCCUGGGGAGAGUGUUCUGCAAAGUGCGGUCUGGGUCAGGAAAUGCGCUCGGUGCAGUGUCUGACCCACACGGGACAGCCUUCCAACGAGUGUCUGGAUCAUCAGCGGCCUGUAGCCAUGCAGCAGUGCAAGAGUAAAUGUGACACCAGUCUGCCCGUCAGCACAGACAACCCUGAAGAGUGCAAAGAUGUGAACACUGUGGCCUACUGCCCCCUGGUGCUCAGGUUCAAGUUCUGCAGCCGGCCAUAUUUCAGACAAAUGUGCUGCAAGACGUGCCAGGGACACUGACACCAUGAGCAUCCGGCAUCCAUCUUUGGGUCCUGCACACUCACACAGUAAGCCUGAAACCCUCCCACUGAGCCUCAUAGCAGCACCCCUCACUCUGCCUCCGUCACAGGAGCGUGGGAUCUAACUGGGACGCCAUCACACGGACGCCCGGUCCUAUAUCUGGUCGGAGGAGCUGUUGUUCUCCAGCCAGGACCCAGAUCGGACACCUCUCCGCGCCGAGCUGAGUUCAUACAUUCCACUGGAGGGAAGGCUGUUGAGACCCGGAGAGGCAGAGAGACUGAGAGAUUACCUUUCCCCUCUCUCUCGCUCUGUCUCUCUGUCUCUCUAAACUUUCCCUUUAUUCUAAUAUUUUGGUGCUACUGUAUUUCUCUUCGGCCACAGGACUGGUUGCAGUACUCUUGAACCCCGCUUGUUUGUUUGAGUGCCCGAUAAGUUUAGCCUUAGCUCUUGAACCUCUAUGUUAGGCGGUGAUAUUUGCUUAGUUAAGAAUUGUUUUUCAAAAAUCCACUUUGUAAAGACAAUUAUUUUCCCGAACUUCCCUGCCCACAGAAAAGGAAUAUGGUUGCAGGUAGAUCAUCUGCGUCUAUGUUAUCAGAUAGCUUUUACUUGACCACAUCGUUUUUAUGUCGUUGCUUUGUUCCGUAUCGGCGUAUUCAUCGAGUCCUCGCUGUUAUUCAGCUGAAGUAUGAGCAGAGUCCGAUUUGCACAAAGAGUUCGAGGACUUUUGUAUUUCGUGUUCGUUUUCGUGUGAUUUGACUUGAUGUCUGUGUGGAGACUAUAAAUGUCUCGCUGCGGUGAACAUGCCACGGUCUUGCCAUGUCGGUUAGUUUGCUUAAACGUAAUCACCUCGGCUGUAAGACAUCGCUUCUCUCGACGGCGCUUGCUCGUGGGGACGUUUCAUCCACGAAGGAUCCAAAUGAAUGAAAAUCCACUCGCCUCAUCGGCGCCGUUUGUCUGUUUGCUCGUUUCGAUUUUUAAAGUGGAACGUCAGAGCGUGCGGCGUGUCACGGUGAGUCAGCGCUGCCUGUGGGAACAUGCACGGCGAGGAUGAGAUAAGACACCUGACCAGGUUUCCUUUCAGAGAGCGUUGUUAUUGCAGGGGUGCGCGAUUUACAGGCUGCCUUAAGUCUUCGUUCAGACUCCUGUGAGAACAACGCUGACAUCACAUAUUUCAGCUCAUCUGUAGUCACGUCGCCCUCGCAGUAGCUCUCUCUGUUCAACAGCUGAGAGUGCGCCAGCCACAAGCUUGCAUUGUCUUCCCCGUUGCAGUGCAGGAUGCAUGCAUCACCAAGUUUUAAUGAAAUCCAAAUGCAGUUUCAGCUGCUUAUAUAUUACAAAUCAUGCUGCCUACUGUGGCUCAGCAUGAUUCAUCAGAUCUGACGGCAUGAGCGUGACAUGUGAUGUGCUCUGAAAGCCCGCUGUGGUUCGACUCUUCGCAGAAGUCCCCGCUGGUCACAGCUGAAAGCAGCGCCACGUAACACUAAAUGUCAUCACAAUGAGAGGAAGCUGCAGCGCGUCUUUAAAUGUUCUUCCCUUUUUUUGUUUUCUCCUGUGGUGCUCUGGUUUUGAAUGGUGCUAUCACUUCACUGUUGUUGCCGGUUUAAACACUUAGAAUCCGUUUGAGCCUUUUGUAUUAAGUACCGACCUGCAGAGGUGGCCUGUGGCGUGCAGCUGCUUGGGGUCCUGCACCUGCCAGGCACUGUGUUCGGGUUCCUCUGUUCGAUUUUUCAUACAAACGCUGCUUUACUCGGGCUGCGGUCGAAUAGUCGGUCUUUCCUGGGAAAUCAGCCGCAAGCGUCUACGUAGCAGCCGUAAUAAGAGCUCCGGUGCGUCUUUAUUACCUCAUUUAGCAGAUGAGUCCUUUUUUUACGCAGCCGGGCAGAGCAGGUGACGUGCACUAGCACGAUAGACCCACCUGCCCAGCAUUAAGCAGCCCACUGUCAUGAAUCCUCCUCCACAUCUUUCCGUGACCUCAUCAUGCUUCCCAUCGAUGUCAGAAAAAAGUCAGCAGGGAGCAAAGACGUUUCCUUCUUCUUUUUCCUUUUUUUUUCUUCAGCUGUUCGACUGCAGCCUUCAGUAAAGUGCCUUCAAAUCCCAAAGUGCAGCUCGCCACAUUUGUGGAUCGUUUCAAAAAACAAAACAUCUUGAUAUUCAGAUAACUGACUUUUGGAGAUCUGUGCACAGCUUCUCAAACAUUACCCUGCUAAUCAUCAGUGCCGAGUACAGAAACACUAAGUAUAUUUAUAAGAAGUGCACUCGGGCAUAACCAGUAACAUUUGAGAGCGUAAUUGUUGCAGAGAACCCCGAUAAAGGCUCAUUUACACCUGGUAUCGACUCACUAUCGCGUCAACUGUGCACACGUGAUUGUGUCACACGGUGCAAACGCAGGUUAGCGUCACAGAUGUAGUUCACGUCUAAAUCGCUUUUAAUGAUCGAGCGCUGAAGCGAUGCUGUCACUGCUGUCACGCGUGCACGAGCCGACAGGGAGAGGAGGAGAGCCGGCAGACGUUGAACGUUUCCACUGUAUCGACAUCACUGAUACCAGGUGUGACUGAGGCGUCAGUCUCACUGUGGAGCUAUGUGGCCAAUAAUGAGAGUUCAAACUGAGUAGCAAACCCGACUUAUCUGAUCCAAGAGGAGGGACAGUUUCAGUAUUUGUUAUUCUGUUUUACACAUGCUAAUUAUAACAUGACAUGUACUGUAUAUUGUUUAAUACUAUAGAAGACAAAUCCAUUUGUCCCCCAUGUAAAUCUUUUGUCAAAGGAAAUAUUAAAAAUGAUUAAACGUGGUGCAAUGUUCAUUGUAAGGAUUUU